AAUAUUUAGUUGCUCUCUAAAUCAAGAUCACAAAAUGCCAAAUGCAUGUUGCUGUGUCAGGAGUAGGGAUCAAUGCCAGAUAACACAAGGAAUCAACAUUUCAAGAGAGGACAAAUCCAUGAAUCAAUUUUUUUACUACAAAAACAAUAUCACUUGAGCUUAUAUUAUCAUUCUUUGUUGAAUGAACUGAAACCAUUGUUUAAAGGGUGUGUUUGCCAAGAAAAGGCAGGGAGAGAUGGAGAAAGAGAGCUCAAAAAUAAAUCAAAUUCUGAGCAUGAAAGGAGGGUUGGGAGAGGAGAGCUAUGCCAAGAACUCAAAACCACAGCGAGCAAAUCUAUCCAGUUCAGUGCCAGUACUAGAACAAGCAGUGCUUGAUUUCUGCGACACCGAACUUCCUCCUUGUAUCACUAUAGCAGACCUUGGAUGUUCUUCAGGACCCAACACUUUGUUUGCAGUUACUCAGAUCACAAGCUUGAUAUACGAAAGGUGCUCUCAACUGGGCCAAUCACCACCAGAAUUUUCUAUUUUCUUGAAUGAUCUUCCAGGAAAUGAUUUCAACACCGUUUUCCAGUCUUUUCUGCCAGCUUUCAAGGAGAAAAUAAGGGCAGAAAACGGUUCAGAUUUUGGUCCCUGUUAUAUUUCUGGAGUUCCAGGUUCGUUUUAUGGGAGGCUUUUUCCAUCGAAUAGCCUGCAUUUUGUGCACUCCGGAACUAGUCUUCAUUGGCUCUCACAGGUACCUCCUGAGUUGAAUGACAAAUCAAAUCCACUAGUAAACAAAGGGAAAAUAUACAUUUCAAAGACAAGUCCAGCAGCUGCUAUAGAGGCAUAUCAGAUUCAGUUUCAAAAGGAUUUCUUUUCAUUUCUUAUGGCACGCUCGAAGGAAGUAGUUCCAGGGGGACGUAUGGUCUUUACAUUAAAGGCAAGAAGAUUUGCAGACCCAACCGCUGAUGAAAGUUGUUUGAUCUGGGAUUAUUUAGGCCAGGCACUCCAGGAUUUAGUUUUGAAGGGGCUAAUCGAAGAAGAAAAGUUAAACACCUAUAAUGCUCCAUACCAUGAACCAUACGUAGAAGAAAUCAAGACUGAGAUAGCGAAAGAAGGAUCUUUCACCCUCAAUUGCCUUGAGAUCAUUGCCCUUCCAUGGGAUGCUUGUAAUGGAGGAAUGAAGUGUGAUAGAGAAACAACAGCAAAAAACUUGGUGAGGGUCUUGAGAGCAAUCAAUGAGUCAAUGAUUCAGUCUCAUUUUGGAGCAGAAGUUUUGGAUCCUUUAUUUCAAGGUUUGACUGAUAUCAUCGCAGCUGAUACAAAGGAAGUGGAGCAUGUCACUGCUGUCGUUUAUGUGACUAGAAAAGAUUAGCAGCAUUUGGAGUUGUCUCUUUUUCCUUUUUGAUUGAUGAAGUUUCCAUUAAGCAAUAAGUCAACGGUAACAGGGUGAAUCCUGCAGCAGUGCAGCAGCUUUUGCAGAAACUGCUUAGCACAGUCUCUAGAAUGACAGGAUUUAUCGUUGACAUAUGCUUUUAGUUCAAGAACAAGCAAAGAUGAGAUGAUAACAAUCUGCAGAUGCAAGAUUACACAGACUACACAAUGGAUCAACUGUUCUUCCCAUCAUAAUCUCUCCACUUCUCAAUUUGUGGUCAACCAAGAUCAGAACAACUAGCCAGGAAAUAAAACUGAGCAUCAGCAGUAACUUUUACCAACCACUCUGCCUCCUUUCUUCCUAACAUAUUCCCGAAAAUCUCUUUGUUAAAAACUGGCCAUCAAUUUAUACUAUAGUUGCCAUGACGCACUAUCAUUAGUGCAAGGAUA